GUGACUUUAGAGUUGCAGAAGAGACGGACUUUUAGAGAGAGAGAGAGAGAGACACAGAGAGAGAGGGAGAGUUUGAGAGAGAAAAAAAGAGAGUUUUAGAGAGAGAAAGUGUGGGAAAAAUGCAGGGGAUUCGGCCAGCAAAUAUGCAAAUGAAGGAGGAGAGUCCGCGAAGUGAAAUGUCGAGUCCGGAGGCGAAGCUAGGAAUGCAAGUGGAGGAUCUGUGGGACACACAAGAGCCGCAGCUCACUCCUACUGAGAAGCUCAACGCUUGCUUUGAGGGCAUCGCUGUCUCUGACUUCCCUCAUGCUCCUUCGUCUCAAGUUGUUGAGAUAAACUCGAAUACCAGUCUGGCAGAGGCGGUUCAAUUACUGUCCGAACACAACAUUCUGAGCGCACCUGUUGUGGAUGUCGACGCACCUGAGGAUUCAAGUUGGAUUGACAGAUACAUGGGCAUUGUUGAGUUUGCGGGCAUUGUCGUAUGGAUUCUGCAUCAGUCAGAAAGCAAAGAUGAAUUGGCUGGCUCUGAGUUAGUUACAAGUGGAUCAGAAGCAAAGAAUGGGCCUGCUGUUUUAGCCGCAGCUAAUGGAGUAUCUUCUCCUACAAAACUUCGAAACUCAGGCUCUAACUCUGCCACAAUAACUUCUGGAAACUUUUUUGAGGCUCUGACUUCUUCUGAGUUUUAUAAGAACACAAAGGUUCGAGACAUCUCAGGGACAUUCCGCUGGGCUCCAUUUCUUGCUUUGCAGAAAUCCAACUCCCUUUUGACCGUGCUCUUGCUGCUAUCAAAAUACAGAAUGAAAAGUGUUCCUGUGGUUGAUCCAGGGGAAAGGAAGAUUGAUAAGGUCAUUACACAGUCUGCUGUUAUUCACAUGUUAGAAGAAUGUGCUGGUCUUCAUUGGUUUGAAAACUGGGGGGCUAAGAAACUAUCUGAAAUUGGUCUUCCUCUGAUGAAGUCCAAUUACAUUGUUAAGGUCUGUGAAGAUGAACCAGUACUCCAAGCAUUUAGACUCAUGAGACAAAAGGGAGUUGGUGGUGUACCGGUGGUUGAAAGUGGUGGAAGUAAGGCAGUUGGCAAUAUAAGCAUCAGAGAUAUUCAAUUCCUUCUACUUGCACCUGAGAUAUACAAGAAUUAUAGAUCUAUUACGGCUAAGAAUUUCCUUACAGCAGUCAGAAGCUAUCGGGUGGAGCAUCGAGAGUCAUCACCAGUGUUUAAGGGCAUGAUUACAUGCAGAAGAGACAACACUGUCAAGGAAGUUAUUCUGAUGCUCGACUCCAUGAAAAUCCAUCGGAUUUAUGUUGUUGAUGAUGAGGGAAAUUUAGAAGGGGUCAUCACGCUUAGAGACAUAAUCUCAAGGUUAGUACAUGAGCCGCGUGGUUACUUUGGAGACUUUUUUGACGGUGUCUUGCCACUGCCUGAGAACUACAGAGUCUAAGAGGCAGUAACUUCGUUCUUAACCUUUUGUUGUUGUUGAAUGAUCUUUGUGUCAUGGGGUAGCAUUUGGUUUGUUAACCGGAGACCAGCUGGAAAUGGUGAUUGUAACAUAGGCAAGCACCUUGUAAUUAUUGACACAGUUUGUUUGUCUGUUUAUUCUGUUGUAUCCUGAAAACUCCAUCCUGGCUGUGUUGUUGCGAACAUUAAAUAAAUAAAUAAAUAGAGGGAAAAUCUCCUCUUUAUUCUUUUGUCAUUUUAA